ACAGCUUUCGAAUCAGUGCGAGUAACAAGUAUGAAUUUUUAUAAAAACGUAGAGACGUAUUGCUACUUUUGAACGAACAAAAACAAUCUGCGAUCUGAUAACGUUCCAUCAAUGGAUAUAGCUUAUUUCAACAAAAUGGCUGCAUCAGUUUAUGCAACACCGCCACCGGAUUUUAGCGGUGAGGAAGCUGCGUUGAGCGACACUUCCAAUUCGUCCCAAACAAACAGUUCCAACAACUCUACAAUGAAGGCGUCCAAGCGCCCACUAUCAUCGACUUUUUUGCAUUCACCUCAGGGAAUGAGCACUGCCACUCAACUUAGCUCCGACAGCCUACCAGAUCUGUCGAAGAAGCGCCGGAAGCAAUCAAUGCCCAGCCGCAUCUCAGGUAAUGGGGAUCCCGAAACGGAAGGUGCAGAGCAAGCACCGGUGACCGAAAAUCAAGAAGCAGAGGAAGACAUUGAAGAUGCUGAUUCCGAUGUUAUACAAUCGAUGGCUAGUGUUCUAGCAGAACAGCAAAGUAACUUCCAGAAAAUCUUUCUAUCAAAUCUCAGUCAAUUACAGAAACAACAUCUGUUACAACAGCAGGAAAUCAAUCGGUCAGAAGAAGCGUCGACCGAGAAUGUAAGUCAGAACGGAUCAGGUGCCGUGAUAUCGUUAAAAAGCCCGGAAAGUCUACUCAGCUUACCGGCGGCCUUGAAAGAUUUGACUGAAAGUAUUGCCGAGAAACGAUCCGUACCAAAUGGUAUGCAUGCGAGUGAAGAUGUGCGCGAAAAUAACCGAGAAACGAACAUUGAUCGCAACGAAAAUGAACUCAACAAUGUCAACCAUGAAAAAGCAGUGUCUUCGGAAGCUGCAAACAAGGAAAACAAUGACAAACUGAUGAAUGGUAAUAAACAACAGUCGGCAUCGCCUGCUGAGCCAAUGGAUAUAAACUUAAAGAAAGAACUCCUUCAGGAUCCAGAGUGGGAUGGAGAAAUCCACAGGACCCCGUUUGCCAACUCUGGUAAGCCGGAAGAUUGGCUUUCGUUCCCAGGAUUGCCGUUUCCGUUCCCUUCGGAUGCAGCAGCAGCACUUACAGCAUCCGGUUAUCUACCUCAACUACCAUUACUCGGAAUGCCCUCUGUGCCAUCAUUUGGCCCGAGCGAUAACUCCAACAGACCGAACGUACCCCCGUUGAGAAUUUUCAAUCCGGAGGCUUAUUGUGACCUCUGCAAUAAAGAAUUUUGCAACAAGUAUUUUCUGAAGACACACAAAGCAAACAAACACGGAAUUUACGAGCCCCAAAGCGGUGGAAAUGAUUCGUUGCAAAAUAUGGGCUCUCUCAAUCCAUUUCACCAACUAUCUCAGGUAUUCCAAAUGCAGCAACAACAACAACAGCAAGGAGUUCUGCAAGAGCAGCAAGAGAAAUCCAACCAGGAAAAUCAAAUCCAAAACAAUGAACUGCCCUCUCAAUCUCUAAUGCGACCAAUCACAUCACCGAAAAUGUCCGUCAAUCCAGUUCAACCGACUGUCUUCUGCGACAUCUGCUUCAAAAAAUUCAGCAGCCUAAGUGCUAUGCGAAAACAUCGUAGCAAAGCUCACGAAGUCAACAACUAUAACCAUCACAACACUCAACAACAACAGCAUGCUUUCUCGCAACAGUUCCAUAAUCAACAACAACAAUUUCAGCAGGCUUUGGAGCAGAAACCGGAACCCAUCUCACCAUCCGAGCUAUCACCGGCUCUGGGUCCAUUCCGAAUGCCGGAAGGAUUCCGAGAAGAUUAUUCAGUGGAGCAGGAAGAUGCUUCGUUCACACCGCAACCGAGGAAGCUAUCUCCGCUCUCAAUUCAAGCUGCUCGAGAAGCCAACUUCUCCGCCGAUAAGCUUAAACGAUUGGGAGUACUGAAUCCGGAUGCGUUCUGCGAAAUCUGUUGCAAGGAAUACUGCAACAAGUACUUUUUGCGUACCCACAAGUUGAAACGUCACGGUAUAUUCCUACCACCGGAUGAUACCGCCAAGGAGGAGCGUAACCCGUGGAAUUUUUCCCAGACAAGUCCGUUGAACUUGAUUGUCGGUGGGAGCGAGGGUCCUGGAUUCCCUCCGCCGUUGAAGAAAUUGGUAGAGGAAUGUGCUGAUUUGGCUAAGGGCAAUUUGAAGGAGGAACCUCAGCGCAAUGAGAAUGCCAAUGGUAGUGCGGAUGCAGGACAAGAUGAUGAAGCUGUUGAGAAGUCGGAUCAAGCUUCGGGAGCGGAACAAGAGGCCGAAGCAAUCAGUGUCGAUCUUCAGAAGCUUCAAUCGAUGAUUAUGCAGCUGAAUGAUCUGAACAAUCAGCGGAAGAUGACGUGUGGUAUAUGUGGCAAGGAGAUGGAGAAUCAGUAUUUGCUGCACGCUCAUAUGAUUCAAGAGCACAACAACAUGAACGAGAACAACAAUGGAAUCAAGUCUCCUAAUAUACCAGCUCACAUGCAGGUUUCAGGAAAUGAGUACGAAGUUUGCAAACAAUGUGAUAAGGAGUUUUCCAAUACGUUCAUGUUGAAGCAACAUCUGAUGGAAGCUCAUGGAAUACAAAGUUUGAGUCCGAAGCGGGAAGGUUUUAUCACACCGGAACGUCCUACUACUGCUCCCAGUAUGAGUAUGCCGACCGGACCAAAUUAUGGAGAAAGGAAGCCGACCUUUUCGAUGACGCCGACAAGCAGCUAUUGUGAAAUUUGUAACAAGGAAUUGUGCAACAAGUACUUCAUGAAGACACACAUGCAGCGCAUGCAUGGAAUAGAAAUUGAAAAUGGUGCGCAAAUUGGAGGAGUGGUGUGCAAUAUUUGUAAUAAGGAGUUGUGCAGUAAAUACUUCUUGCGCGUUCAUAAACAUAAUACCCAUGGCAUUGUUGAGGAAGGUGCUCCUUUACCUCAGCCUCGGAAUAACGGAUCCAUGGAAAGUAUGGAAAAUGCGGAGUUUCCGUUUUCUCUUGAAGGCAUUUUGAAGCCAGGAGAGAUUUCGGAUUUGAGUAACCGGUACUAUUCACACUUUACCGAAGUUUGUCCUCUGUGCAGCCGACGGUUCCGCAGUGCAAAAUGGCUUCGAGCUCACUUGCUGAGCGAUCACGGUAAGAUGGGAGUCGACAAACUGCGAGAGAUUGAACACCGACUGGGAGGAAGCAGCAAAUCGUCUAGUCCAUCGCUCAAAAUCCCUAACGGUGGUUUUGGGCUUAACCUAAGUGACCAGAAAUUCAAUCCUAAGUCUCCGUUUGGGCUUCCAUCUCCGGAUAAUAAGUUCAUGUUGAAAAAUCCCUUCUCCGGAUUGUUCGGUGUCGAUCCCGCCAACUCGAAUGUUGGUCCCAAAGGCUAUCAGUGCUCGUACUGCCCGUUUUCAACACCUCUCCUUCCUCUGCUGUUUAUCCACGAAAGAACUCACACCAGCUUAAACAUAGUUCAGCAACAAAUGAUGCAGGAGAAGGAAAAGAAUCAACCAUCGAUGACACUAUCUCCAGUCAUCAAAUCUGAAUCGGCAGUAUCAUUGGCCAAAGAAGCAAGCCGUUUUUCUCUUCCAAUCCCAUCUUCGUCAUCCGACACACCUUCCCUGACGCCAGCAUCGACACCACUGCCCUCAUCCUCGCAGGAAGCGGAAACUCCUAAGGCACCCGCUUCACCACAUCCACCGCAAGUCGCAUCUCCCCAAGAACCAUGUCAGCCCGAAUCGUCUCAACCACAAAUAGAAGAACAAGAGUCCCGUAAAUCAGCAUCUCCCAAAUCCGAACAAAACCCAAUUCUCGCGGAAAUGGCCAACCUCACCCAGAGGCCGGCCAUCUACGCCCUUCCCCAGCAGAGCGGCCCCUUGCUGAUGCAGUCGUUCCUCAUCGAGGAAUCGGCUGUCCCGGAGGCCAAUCGAGGCGAUGAUCAAUUAAACCCAGCACAGCCGUCGGCAUCUGCAAACAGGUUCGUACCAGCUGUAGUUUUUCUACCUGUCAAGGAACGCAUUCAUUCACCGAUGACAAUAUCGUUCACUCUGAGCCCUGCCUAGGGUGGAAGGGUUGUUCCAAGACAAUUGCAGCCUGAGUCCUCCGAUUUGUGAGUGUUUUUAUUUUUGAGUUUUAUUCAUGGCUUUGGGUUUGCUGAACCUCACUGCAAAAUUGUGAAGUGACAAAAUCAAAUCAAAAGUACGGCCAGCUCAGAACAGCUGGAUGGGAACGAUUCGGUUCCAGCUUUGAAAGUAAAACUUUUGAAGCCAACUACAAUGAUGAUGACGACGAUGAUGGGCAAAAAGUAAAAUCCGCAAAUACGUACGUACCUUUAUCCGGGAUGCGCUUGUGAAGGCAGGCCCGAAAAAGGAGCAGAUUAAUUCUACUUAGCAGAACAAAGAUAUAGGUGUAAGGAGAAGAAAAAAAAAUCAAACUGUAUUAAUAUUUGAUCACCGUAGAUUUAUCGUUGUGUAGUCGUGUCUAUUGGAAAGAAUGAGCGAAUUCAGAUAGAAUAAAAGUAAAAAGGGAGAUCAGCUGAGAGCCAGGUACUUUCUACAUGUUCUCAGUUCAGCUGUUGCAAAUUAGAAACGCAGGAGAAAGCAAGAAAAAAUAUGGUUUGGUUUAGGGUUGAACAUUAGCACGAAUAAUGGUGUCUUUAAUUUUCAUACCAUUCACCGACCAAAACGAGCAGAAGUGCUUGCAAGGCGUAAAAGUUUCAGAGUAUCAUCCGCUAAAGUUGGGCUAUUCGCCAAUCAGGGCUCGUUUUUGAGUUUUCCAUUAAAUAUCAGCUACUAGCAUUACCUACCUAAUUGCUUGACUGUAGAUGAGGGAAUAAUCGAUGUAGGAAAUAUAAACUAGCAAAAUAAACCUAAAAUAUCAGAAUGAAUACUGUACUAAGAAUAAGAGUAACAACAACAAUGAGUAAAAUUCUUGGUGAUGUUCUAACAAAGUUCCUAUUAUGCGUAAAUAGUAUUGAAGACAAAAUUGUAUCUCUUGGGUAUGAUAGAUUUUGUAAGAUUGUUUACCGAGCGUUUAACGAGCGCUUGUGCUAUUCUGAGAAGCAAAGACUUGAGGAUCUUGGAAGCUUAUGUAGUAUUUGAGGGAUGACACUUUCGUUGGUUGCUUUUGCAAGUGUAUUAUUUUGCUCAAAAAGCACAGAGUUAAAACAAUAAAGCGGGACGAAGAUUGAAAGGAUGAAACACUAGCAAAAAACAAACAGGUGAAACCUAUUGUAUCAAUGGAACCAAAACCGUAACUCAGGGUAAUCGAAAGUACAAGCGGCCGUGCACUAUAUUUAAUGAUAAUAAUCGAAAAACAAAACGGCUCGUAAUCGAUCUACACACAACAAAACUAGUCAAAUUUGGAUACUCCUGUUACCUUAAAUUAUCGAUCCCGAAAUUGGUUACCAUGGAAACACUGUAGAAGAACGAUGCCUAAAGUACAAUUUUAUAUAGUGAAAUGAACCUAUUGAUAACCGAAAUAUUGCAACAACAGCAACAACAAAAUCCAUGAGCUAAACAUACCUCAAACAAAAACACUACACAAGAACAAUUGCACGUAUUUGUUUUACCUUAUCAUGAUGAGAUUCAAAAUCCAAAGUACGUAAACUAUGCAAACAAGAAAAAAAUAUUAUUCAAGCUAGUCGUCAAGUAGAUGUAGAACAAGUAAACAAGUAAAAAAACCAUUCCAGAUAUAUGAAUAACAUGAAAAGUUACCAAUUUCAAUCAAAGUAAUGAUCAAUGCACUAUUUUACUAUAGAAGCCUAUGUACAUAGUAUAAGAAGUAUGGUUAUUUUAUACAAGUAAACCCUGUAAAGUUCAUUUCUAGUCUCUAUAAAAUAUCGCUAGUCAAGGUAAUUCCUCCAAGAUAGGAUAAAAAUAAUUUGAAAUCAAAAGUUUUAUGUUGACAUUAUAUUGCUUCUGCCGUUGACUGUAGUAAAAAACCCAAACGGAGAUAAGAGAUAGAGGAAAACUAUCCGAAAAUUCCAGAGAGAAUUUCGCGAAGAAACAAAACAAAAAGCGUGGAAAAGAGUACGUAAAAGAGCUAGUACCCUGACAUUGGAGUGAAUUCGCAAAGCGAACUUUACACAACACAAACCCGGAAGCACACCUCGGAUUGCGUGAACCGAUUUUACCUUUUGGUAAUCUUAGGUUUCCUAAAAGAACGCAAAGAAACAUGUGUGCGCGGGAUCACCUCGGCGAUUGCUAUAUAGAACAAUAUAAAAACUAUAAAAUGCUGUGUGCCUUUUAGCAAUUGCUGACAUGGAUGAACGCGAAUAAACUAUACAAAAAAGUAUGAUGCAAACAAUAAACACCGUAAUGAGAAA